AUGGAACAAUUAUCGAGAGCUUACUAUGCUUGUGAUUCGAGUAGGGUUUCUGAUAGCGAUGACGAAGACUGGAUUCCAGUAAAUAGAGGUAAACAUCAAAAUCAUCCAGAUCCAGAAGAUUCUGAAGAAUCAGAAGAAAUCGCUGAAGAGAAUUCAGCAGUGGAAGGAGAAGAAGACGAAUUUGAGAGUAGCGAGAGUGAGGAUGCUGAGCCUGAAUGUAGAAGACCUCAAGAACUAUCUGGGUGUUUUAUUGCCAAAGAUAAAACAGUGUGGAACAAAACUCCACCAACUCAGCAUCAGACCGCAGCUCAUAAUGUUGUACGCCAUCGGAGUGGGCCUCAUCGCAGUACGGAAACGUUGUCAAUUAGCGAGACUUUCAAACAAAUUUUUACAUACGAAAUGGUUGACAUAAUCGUCCGUCACACUAAUAAAAAAGCUGAAAUAAUUUUCCAAGAGUACAAUGCUAACCAUCCAAACUCACAGCAUCAAUGGAAGCCCGUUACGAUACCCGAAAUUUAUUCGUUCUUCGGUAUCUUGAUUUGUGCUGGAGCAAACAAUUCGAACACAGAUCAUACAUUUGACAUGUGGCGCUCCAAUUCUUAUCCACUGUAUCGCGCGACGAUGGGAUUGACGAGAUUCCAUAAUAUUCUGCGUUUUUUGCGAUUCGGCGAUAGUAAUACUCAAAGUGCACGUAAAAAAGAAGACAAGGCAGCUCCAAUUCGUGAUGUGUGGACAAUGUUAAAUUCAAAUUUAGCUCAGAUGUACAAACCAACAGCUAACUUAACGAUUGAUGAGCAGCUUUAUCCAUACCGUGGUAGUACUGGAUUUACUCAGUAUAUUCCAUCUAAACCAGCUAAGUAUGGUAUAAAGAUCUGGUGGAUUUGUGAUGCAGAAAAUGCAUAUCCUUUGCAAGGGAUCAUGUACACUG